AUGGAGUACCAACAUGAGGAUUACACAAACCACUACACCAACUUGGAUCAAACCUACAACUAUUGGUUUGUCGACGACGAUCUCAUGUUCUUUGACUGCGGGUUGAUCGAUCAUGAGCUACGUUCGAUGAACAAAGAUUUAGUACCGAAUACUCUUAACAUCGAUACGGUCUCGGUAUCUCAAGGACUAAGUUUGUGCUUGGAUGAUAGCGGAGGUGGCCUCUUGAGUGAAGGAUUGGAAGGAUUUCCCAAAGAAAACCGCGACGAUGGAGAUUCUUUUGUGACUAAGACGAGGAUAAGGAGAGAUCGAUCGAAGACGCUGGUGUCGGAGAGGAAACGGAGGGGUCGGAUGAAGGAGAAGCUCUAUGAGUUGAGAUCAUUGGUUCCAAAUAUUACUAAGAUGGACAAGGCCUCCAUCAUCGCGGACGCCGUCGAGUAUGUAAAUGAUCUUAAAUCUCAAGUCAAAAACAUGGAAAAAGAGUUACUAAUCCUUGAAACUUCACUAAAAAGUGACCAAGUACCCCAAAAUCUCCUCAAAAACACAAUGAGAAACACACAACUUGAAGAGGCCAUUGCUUCUCCACAUGGUGCAAAAAUAUUGCGACUAAACACGACUGAAGUCGGCGAUCAGAGGUUCUUCUUUAUGAUAGAAUGUGAGAACAAAGAUGGUGUGGCGUCCUCGGUUUAUUCUGCGAUCGAGUCUCUCAUGUUCUUCCAUUUGGAGUGCUCCAAUUUUUCCUUAGCCUCGGAUCGAUUCGUGUUGUCGCUAACCAUCAAUGUAGAGGAGUUUGAUGAGGAGAUUGAGGCCUCUACAAUGAAGUUGUGGGUAAUGGGUGCACUUCUUAAGGAGGGGUUUGAGUUUGAGGGAAUAUGCAUUUCAUAACACUUUUUCUUUUUCUUUUUUUCCUCUUUUUUUUAAAAUCUUUUGGUUUCUUUCAUCAUGUUUUUUAUGAUUCUUU